CUGCGCCAUCUGUCCUUUAAACACGAUUUAUGAGUCGCUUCUAGUCCUUGGAGCCUUCUGUUACUCUGCCUUGAUUUAAGUUCGGCCUGCGCUUCUCCAUGCGCCAUGGUUGCGCCCGCUGUCCCAGAGCUCUACGAAGAGGAUGACCUCUUUGCCGCUGUCGAUGCACGAACUGAAUCUUUACAAAAUCUGCGGGAAUUAGGUCCCCCGGACUUGGUAUAUUUGGUCAAACAACCGAAGACCAACUCAACUCGUCAGACUGGAGUCUAUCAUCAUGUCACCGGAAUCGAUGCUUCAUCAUCCGCUAGCUUGGCCGCCUAUGUAAAUACGCUAACCUUCUCCCCUCUCGAUAAGACACACAAAGUGGUUUCAGGGAUCUACUGUUGCUACAAUGCCUUCUCCCACCUUGACAUGCGCGUUGAAGUGAAAAUCCCCGGCAGUCUCGAGAGCUACUGCAUCGACGAGCGCGGAGAUAAGCGUGUUGCAACGGACGCCCUAUGGCUCGAGACGUUUUUGUGCGGAGUUCUGCGAGCCUAUACCUAUGCAGAUGACGGUAGCGGAGACGCAAUCCGAAAGAUCAUCGGCGUGCGUCGGUUCAACCCGGUGACAAACACAGAGAUGGAACACAAAUUCCUAGAUGCUGCAGAACGGCUCUUCUUCUUGGGCAGGCAGCUCAGCUCCGACCCUGAGACGCAAGUUCCAAACACUGUCAGCAAUCAUCUGACCUCGGGCCUUUUGAAGUACAUUCGGACAACAGGCCGCUACACAUCUGGAAUAAAUCUUCUAGAGAAGCUACGCAUACGGGAUGUCGAGAUCUCUUCGCUCCUUGCCCGAGUUCUCAUAAUGGCAGACGAGGAGGUACAAGCGGUACGGCUGAUGUACGACUCUUUGCAGGACGUUCCCAUGGACUAUGCAUUGCUCGACUGCCAGGCAGCCUUCUGUCAGAGUAAGGGGGAGGGAGAAAUGGCUCUGGAAUGCGCCAAGCGAGCUGUGACCGCUGCGCCGAGCGAAUUCAGCACUUGGGCGCGACUAGCCGAAGUAUAUGUGGGCUUGGAACAAUGGGACCUGGCGCUUUUGACGCUGAAUUCAUGUCCGAUGUUUACGUACCAAGAUAAGGACACCCCUCGUAUGCCGCCCGCGUCACGCAUCAUGCUCCCUAUUCUUGCAGAGAGCCAGCUGGAUGAGAUUGAUGAGGGUCAGCCAAAGCAGGGAGACCCACACGACUAUGUCCACCCGUCGCUGCGCAGACUGCACGCUGCCGCAUACCAAGGGACGUUCCUCAAGGCGUAUAAUCUCUUAACCAAGAUUGCUUCCGCGAUUGGCUGGGAUCAGCUACUGAAGAUUCGCAGUGAAGUGUUUGUCAUGGAAGAGGAGUACCGGGUCGAAAGGCAACAUUCAACAUCGAAGCCUGCACGUCGCAGCACUUCUAUAGCGACUAACGGGGAUGGGGAACAUGAAAACGGCACCAAUGAUGAGGGAGACAGCGCAAACCCAGAGGACACCCCUAACGGAAACCAGGAGGAGCAAGCUGGUAACUCUAUCGAAAAGCCGGAGCAAACGAUGGCCUCCGAGGUUGUAAAGUCCGGUAAUGAAGAACCCGACCCGUCGCAUUCAUCAUACGCAGAGUUCCGCAACAAGCGUCUCUGCGAAAGGUGGCUUGACAACCUCUUCAUGGUUCUCUAUGAGGAUCUUCGCAUUUACACCAUCUGGCGCACAGAGAUGGCUCAGUACCGCCAACAGGCCAUUGAGUAUAAGAAGUCUGCGACGGAGUGGGAGAUCCUGGGUGAGUUGGCAGAGCGACUACAUCACUUUGAUGAGGGAAUCGAAGCCUAUCAACACUGCCUGGCCAUUCGGUUCUCUCCUAAGGCUAUGCGAGGUAUUCUGAAGCUGUACGAGAGUAAAAAUGAUACUAGAGGAAUGCUAGGUGCAUUGAUUAGACUCAUUGCCUGGCAGUACCGCUGGUACUCCGAGUUCUCCCCUGAUUUGCUCUAUCUGAUCCGCAAACUCAUAGAGGAGGAAGGUGCCGUUAAGGUGCGCAGCAUUGUCCAGGCGACCAACCUGCCACAGCCCGUGCUUGACCUCACCCAUCAGUAUUGUCAACUUUGUGCCACCUUCCGUAGCAGCGGCAGUGAUGGCUAA